GCCACAGUGACUGAGACUCGAAAGCGCCCAUCUUUUCAUGUCUAUUGACACUGAUAGUUGAUAUAUCACUUGGCUUGUUCAUGUCCUCUUUUGACCCUCUAUAUCUCACCUCCUUUGUUGCUUCAUCAUUGUCAAGCACUGUGUUUGAACUUCAAACCAAACUUCAGCUCUCAAACCAACUCAUAAAAGAUUAGAGAGAGAGAAUUUCACAAGAUAAUGGGUUCUCUUGGAGCUCAUGAACCUUCAAAGAAGUCACCAAUGUGGCUUUAUCCAAAGGUUUUAGGCUUCAAUCCCCCUGAGAGAUGGGGACACUCAGCUUGCUUUUCUCAUGGUGUUGUUUAUGUUUUUGGGGGAUGUUGUGGGGGUUUGCAUUUCAGUGAUGUUCUGAUGCUAGAUCUGGAUACAAUGGUAUGGAGCACUCUUGCAACCACAGGUCAAGGACCUGGCCCAAGGGACAGCCAUAGUGCUGUUCUUGUGGGGCAAAAGAUGAUUGUUUUUGGGGGUACAAAUGGUUCUAAGAAGGUGAAUGACCUUCACAUAUUAGAUCUUGGGUCGAAAGAGUGGAUACGGCCUGUAUGCAGAGGUGUUCCACCUUCUCCUCGUGAAAGCCACACUGCAACGCUUUUUUGUGAUGAUAAAAUGGCUAUAUUUGGAGGUAGUGGAGAAGGGGAAGCGAAUUACUUGAACGAUUUUCAUGUUCUAGACCUCAAGACUAUGAUAUGGACUUCUCCGGCAGUGAAGGGUGAUAUUCCUGUCCCUAGGGACAGUCACAGCUGUAAUGUAAUAGCUAAUAAGCUUUUUGUGUAUGGUGGGGAUUGUGGUGAUCGGUACCAUGGAGGUGUUGAUAUGCUGGACAUGAGGACAUUGACUUGGUCAAGGUUGGUAGUUCAAGGGCCUUCACCAGGUGUUAGAGCAGGUCAUGCUGCUGUAAAUGUAGGAACAAAGGUUUAUGUUAUUGGAGGGGUAGGAGACAAACAUUACUAUAAUGAUGUUUGGAUUCUUGAUGUGUGUACUUGCUCAUGGACUCGACUUGAUAUAUGUGGCCAGCAACCCCAAGGACGGUUUUCUCAUACUGCUGUUGUUACUGACUCAGAUAUUGCCAUCUAUGGAGGAUGUGGGGAGGAUGAGCGUCCUCUCAAUGAAUUGUUGGUCUUGCAGCUUGGGUCAGAUCAUCCCAAUGGUCGUUACAACAUUUCCAUGUGCAAAAUAUUCGGAAGCCAUUGGAGCCAAGCAAAACGAAAGUUCCCUGGAGGAGCAGACGAAAACUUGAAAACUAUGUUUCUCGGAAGUAAAGGAGCUUAUGAACCAGAAUUAGAGCCCAAGCAAUCUUUUCAGUUCAAUUCAGAUACUUUGCAUUCAAAGAAGAGAAGAACUUCGAAUCCAGCUAUAGUAUGUGAUAUUGAAUCAGAACAAGAAGAGCAUUCCCUUUCACUCUCACAGCAUUCUUCACCAUCACAAUCUGAUCAAGAGCAAACCCCAGUCAGAAAAGCCCCUGAAUCUAUCACGGGGUCCCAGGGGUUCAGUUUGUUCAAGCGUUUAAGUCAAGUUCCUAAUAAUAGUCAGCCGAACAGCAUUGCAAGUAAUCAGAAAGAUUCCAGAAACAUGAUCCAGAGAACUCCACAAGACCAUCAGUUUCUAAGAGAACAUCAAAACAAUAAAAAACCAGAACAGCAUCUUAAUGUAGUUCAUGCAGGUCGACAAGGAACUCAACAUCCAACUGUGGAACUGAAACCACUGGAUGCAGGAUCAUCCAUUCAUAAUCUGAUUGGAGCUGAUGUUCACGGAAAAGUUGAUGGAGCCUUCGACUCAGGUUUCCUAAUGACAGCAACGGUUAAUGGGAAGAUUUUCCGAGGGGUUUUAUUUCCUCCCGGACCCGGGAAUGUCUCCAGAGGGUCGAUGAUUGCUCAAACUCCAUCUUCAACAAACCACAUUGUCGUUGCUCAACCAUUCCCAAACUCAAAUCCUCUUGAACCCUUCAAGCGUUCUCAGCAGCCAACUCGGUUAUCCAUACCCGAGUCUGCUCUGACCUUCCGACAAGCUCAAGCAAGUAGACAUUUUCCUAUUAUCAGAGCCUCUCCUCCUCCAUCCUUAGGCAAAGAGCCUAAGCUGAGAAGCGAUCUCCAGGGUGUGGUUCUAACCCUGGGAGGACCUGGAACUGGAGGAUCAUAGACAAAUCAAAAUCAUCUACUACUUACAUUCAAGACCAGGCAGGCCCUUAUUCUGUUUCUCAUGUAAAUCUUAAUUAUUAUUUUUGAAAAAAUUCCCUUAGUAAUCGUUUAAGAUGGUUGUUAACAUGUUACCACUCAGUCACCAAGAGUUAGGUAAGUUAGUUGGUUCAUCUUCAUCUACUGUCGGCCCAAAUGUUUGUUAGUUUAUGUACUAUCAAGAUCUUCCAUGUUCCUUCCUUAUAUGAUUCUUAUUAGUGUAUCUUUUUU